AUGGACUCUUUUGCUUUUGGAUCGCCAAUGACCGUUAUGCAUUCAACACCACCUUGGUCAGCGAGCAUCAAUAAUCGAAUCGUCUCACUGAACUCCGGUAUUUCAAUUGAUCCACAGAUUUCAAACCGUUCAUCAUCGACAGCGCCAUCCUCUUCGUCUUCGUCCUCUCAACAAGCGCUCACACCUCAACAUCAUCAUCAUUUUAUCACUUCAACAUCGACUGAAACAGCAAGAAGCACAUACAGUGAUGCCUCAUCAACCACGAUAAAUACCACAGCCGCAACAGCAAAUGGAAAUCACCAUCAUGUUAUCCCUAAAAUUGAGCCUAAUGGUAGCUCAUUAGAUCAACAUGAAAUACAUUCAACCGGUUCAUUAACUGGUUCCACGAGUGAUAAACAAACAAUUGAAUGUGUUGUAUGUGGAGACAAAAGUUCAGGGAAACAUUACGGUCAAUUUAGCUGUGAAGGAUGUAAAUCGUUUUUUAAACGUUCAGUUCGACGUAAUUUAAAUUAUACAUGUCGAGGAAGUCGUAACUGUCCAAUUGAUACGCAUCAUCGUAAUCAAUGCCAGUACUGUCGAUUUAAAAAAUGUCUUAAGAUGGGAAUGAGAAGAGAAGCUGUUCAACGCGGUCGAGUACCGUCUACGACAAGUGGAGCCUAUGGACAUUUUUCGUUUAAUCCUGAUAUUAAUAAUGCACAUUCGUAUUUGAACACGUACAUUUCACAUUUAGUACGAGCUGAGCCCUACUCAUUCUUUCAAAAUUGUAUAUCAUCAACACCAUCUACCACCGCCACAACAGCAUCAGCUACUAGUCCGUUAUCCCAAGCAAAUUUUGUCUCGAUGGAAAAUGUAUGUGAAUUAGCUGCACGUUUAUUGUUUGGCGCUGUUGAAUGGGCAAGAAAUGUGCCGUUUUUUCAAGAACUGAAUUUGAAUGAUCAAUGUAUUCUAUUACAAAUAACAUGGAGUGAAUUAUUCCUAUUAAAUGCGUCACAAUGUAAUAUGCCUGUUCAAGCAGCACAGUUGCUUAUAUUAAGUGGGAUACAUACAAGCCCAAUACCAGCUGAAAAAGUACAAACAUUUCUAGAUCAUACAAGAAAAUUUCAAGAACAAGUGGAAAAAUUAAAAGCAUUACAUUUGGAUCAUGCAGAAUACUCAUGUUUAAAAGCCGUUGUUCUUUUUUCACCAGAUGCUCCAAAUUUAUCCGAUCCUCAACAUAUCGAUAAUUUACAAGAAAAAUCUCUAUUAGCCUUAGAAGAAUAUGUUAAAGGACAAUAUCCAGCGCAUGCUAGUCGAUUUGGCAAAUUAUUACUACGAUUACCAUCAUUAAAAAUUGUCUCGUCUCAAAUUAUUGAACAAAUAUUUUUUGUAAGAUUAGUGGGCAAAACACCGAUUGAAAGUUUAAUACGUGACAUGCUAUUGAGUAAUAAUUCGUUCAACAAUUCAACAUUCGUGCCACCAGCUCCUUAUGGAAUAUUUCCACAGUAG